ACAACCAAUAGGAAUGCUCACAUACACAGCACACAUGUACACAUGAUGCUAUUCUAUAUCCACUGCGACGACUUGAUCUAUUCUUACAAAUUCUUUUCACGUCGCGAACUGAACCGACAAGAUGGGUAAACCCCGUGGAAUCAAAACUGCUAGGAAGCAUGUUAACCAUAGACGCGAGCAAAGAUGGAACGAUUUGGACUAUAAAAAAGCCCAUUUGGGAACACGCUGGAAGGCCAAUCCAUUUGGUGGUGCUUCCCAUGCUAAAGGAAUUGUCCUUGAAAAAGUUGGUGUUGAAGCUAAACAACCUAACUCUGCUAUUCGUAAAUGUGUAAGAGUUCAACUCAUUAAAAAUGGCAAAAAAAUCACAGCAUUCGUACCACGUGAUGGUUGUUUAAACAAUAUUGAAGAAAAUGACGAAGUCUUGGUUGCUGGAUUUGGUCGUAAAGGUCAUGCCGUUGGUGACAUCCCAGGUGUCCGUUUCAAGGUUGUCAAAGUUGCCAAUGUUUCAUUACUUGCACUUUACAAAGAAAAGAAAGAACGUCCAAGAUCUUAAAUAAACAAAAAAAAAAAUAAAAAUAAUGUUUGUAUUUUUUAAGACGACUUGUUAAUAAAAAUACAAAAAUUAA